AUGAGCUACACGAUCUCAGCAGCAGCUCUAUAUUCUGCAACGAUAUACCUGUUGUUUCUGCGCGACAGAAGUCGACAAAGUCUCGAGCGAAGUGAAAUUCUGGCUGCAAGGGAGGCUACAAACUACAGCAUCAGCAAUACGACUAUUUUCUCCGGAGUGACAGCUAAAAGCUACGGUUUCAAUGCGCAUUACAGAGGGGUUCCCGCAACGUACUGGUCGUGGCUGCUGUUGGUCCAGGGUCUGUUUGUGCUGGGCAUGUUCUACAUGGACUGGCCAACAGUUGGAUAUGGAGCACUUCUCGUCUGGAGCUUUUAUGCUUAUGCCACGGAGCAGUGUGACAAGCAGGGGCGCAUGAGUGGCCUCAAGAUCCAGAGCAUGUUUGGUCCGGUCAAAACGUUUGCUGGCCGGGACAAGUUCCACUGGUACGCUGUUGUCAACACGGGUACCUCUCUUGAUCUGUUGCCAGAGUCAUCUGAUGAUGAGCUUUCUGAGGAGGAGGAGGAGGACGUCGAGAUGGACGGCGACGUCAACAUGGAAGAAACUUACCGGACUCUGAGACAAAAUAUGCAUAGUUUCGAGGAGAUUAUGGGGGAGGGAGAAGAGGUUGUGUUUGAGGUGGACGAGCCGGUCGAGGAGGACUAUGGAAUGGACGAGUUUGAUAUUGAGGGUGAAGACGAUGAGCCCAAGUUUGAGGGGUUUUCACCUGUUCUGUCUCCCCAUGACCCUUCUGAUUCGGGUGAGCAAGAAGAGACUCGCAUGCUCGACGAAUGGGACAGAGAGAGUUAUGCUCCUUCGGUCGGAGGACGAGCCAUGGAGGAAGAGAACUCCGACGAAGAGGACUACAUGAGCCCUGAUACACCCGGCUCGAUUCAGCUUGUUUUGAAGCGCGUGAAUCUUCCGCUUCCUCCCGUCCACCACUUUCAGGGAUACAUUGGAGUGUAUAGACAUACCAGGCUCAAGAGAUCGACCGUGGUGCACACGUGCCUUGAUCCCAUGGACUAUGAAGCCAUGGAAACGGUUGUUCUCUAG